AUGGAGUUUGACAAUGCUCUUCGCGAUGCAGAGGAAGCGAGGCUCGCCGUUGAGCGUAAAUGGUUCGAAGGUGUUCGCCCCGAGUGUCGUCCUUCAGACCAAGAUAUCAGUCGGAUGAAGGCCCGGUAUCAUUAUAACCCGGAGUUCUUCCACAUCGCAGUUGUUGGCUCUGCUGGAGCUGGCAAGUCAUCCUUCAUUAAUGCCGUCCGUGGCUUGUCCAAACAACAUCCCAUGGCCGCUUCUACGGGAAUCGUCGAAACCACUGACACUGUCACGAGAUACCCUGAUCCGUCCCCAAUCUCCCAGAUGAUUUGGUAUGACGUUCCCGGAGCAGGCACUCCAAAGGUGUCUGAUUGGCAGUACUUCAAUGACAUGGGCCUUUACAUAUUCGACUGCAUCAUCGUGCUCACAGACAAUCGUGUCUUGGAAUCCGACCUCACCAUCCUCCGCGCAUGCGAGCAAUUCAAGAACAUCAAGUCGUUCAUUGUUCGCUCCAAGUCAGACCAGUACAUCAACAACAUGGUGUGCGAGAGGAUGCCGCCAGGUUUCGACAUUGGUGAUCCCGACAUGGACGACGAGACACGUUCUCUUUUCUUGCAAACGAAAUCUGAAGAACGGCAUUGGUUCAUCAACGAGACAUGCCAGAAUGUGCGAAUGCACCUUGAGAGGGAGAACCUCCCUCCUAAGAAGGUCUACAUCGUUUGCUCGGACGCUAUGCUUGCCAUAGUGAACAAAUCGCGCUCCUCAAAGGCAAUUGACGAGGCAGAGCUUCUGAAUGAUGUCAAAGGAUCGUGCGGGAGUGUCAGGGGUCGGGGUGUUGAAAGUAAGUCAUCCUUGCUCGAUUGUCAAUCAGAUCCGAGGCUCGCUGUUGAGCGUAAAUGGUUCGAAGGUGUUCGCCCCGAGUGUCGUCCUUCAGACCAAGAUAUCAGUCGGAUGAAGGCCCGAUAUCAUUACAGCCCGGAAUUCUUUCACAUCGCGGUUGUUGGCUCUGCUGGAGCUGGCAAGUCUUCCUUCAUUAAUGCCGUCCGUGGCUUGUCCAAUAAACAUCCCAUGGCUGCUCCUACGGGAAUUGUGGAAACCACUCAAACUGUCACGAGUUAUCCUGAUCCGUCCCCGAACUCCCGGGUGAUUUGGUAUGACGUUCCCGGAACAGGCACUCCAAAGGUGCCUGAAUGGCAGUACUUCAAUGACAUGGGCCUCUAUGUCUUCGACUGCAUCAUCGUGCUCACAGACAAUCGUGUCUUGGACUCCGACCUCGCCAUCCUCCGCGCUUGCGAGCAGUUCAACAACAUCGAGUCGCUCAUUGUUCGCUCCAAGUCAGACCAGCACAUCAACAACAUGGUGUGCGAGAGGAUGCCACCAGGUUUCGACCUUGGUGACCCCGGCAUGGACGACGAGACACGGUCUCUUUUCUUGCAAACGAAAUCUGAAGAACGGCAUAGAUUCAUCGACGAGACAUGCCAAAAUGUGCGAAUGCACCUUGGGAGGGAGAACCCCUCUCCUAAGAAGGUCUACAUUGUUUGCAUGGAUGCCAUGCGUGCGAUAGUGAUCAAGUCGCGCUCCACAAAGGCAAUUGACGAGGCAGAGUUUCUGAAUGAUGUCAAAGGAUUUAUGUUGACGCGCCUAGAGGCGGGGUGUUGA